AUGAUAGCCUGGAACAACGACAACGACAUGCGCUUUGUUGAUGUUGUGUAUGAUGACUAUGCCGUGGUCCACACUAUCAAGACAAAGGAAGGUGUGUCAGAGGUUCUCAACAAGCUCUACACCCGCAGUAGUGACGUCAACGCUGACCUGCAGCAGAAAUUCACGCAGUUCUCUAAGGACACAGGCAUCCUUGAUGAAAACAUAGUUAUGCUGCCAAAGAACGCUGAAUGUCCUGAGGCGUAAAGAAUCCUUUGCUCUGAUUCUUCUCGUCUCUAAAGUCCAGGGAUUUCAUCUUAAAGGCAUUUCCUCCCCCCCUUAAUUGUGUAGCUGGUUUUGUCACAAAGCUGCACCUCAGACUAUGAAUGUAGAGCUUUUAACUCUUUUAACUCCACGCUGCAAACCAAAGAGGAGCUGAUCCUUUCUCAUUUGGUAAUUUUUUGUAUUGUGCAUCAGUAGUAACACCACAGUGGAACAAUAAAAUGUUGACAGUUGCUAAAAGAUGUGAAAUCUACACCAUUGGAAGAGUUAUUAGUUUUUUUCUUUCAUUUUUAUUUUUAAAUGUGCUUGAAGCCAAUAAAAGAUAUUCAACCAAC